UUUCUCAAAGUCUCAUGUGAAUUAGUUUGCUGACAAUGCGGAGUGAUGUUUGCAUUUUACAGAUAUGUUGGAUAUGGCAGAAAGUACGUUCACAAGAUGAUAAGGGGUUCCAGCAAUUCUUGGAUAAUGUUCAAUAUGAAUCUAAUGGCAUCCUACUCUACGAGCGUGUCUUUGGACAAGGUUAUGUGAGCACAGGAGGAAUUGAAACAACUAAAGAAUUUGUGGCAAAGCUGGAUCUUAAGCCUGGUCAGAAAGUUCUAGAUGUUGGAUGUGGUAUUGGAGGAGGUGACUUUUACAUGGCUGAGAACUUUGGUGUGGAAGUUGUUGGCAUUGAUCUCUCCAUCAAUAUGAUUUUAUUUGCCCUCGAAUGUGCCACUGGACUCAAAUGCACUGUUAAGUUUGAAGUUGCUGACUGCACAAAGAAGACAUAUCCUGACAACACAUUUGAUGUUAUCUACAGCCGUGACACUAUUCUGUACAUUCAAGACAAACCUGCAUUGUUUAGAUCAUUCUUCAAAUGGUUGAAGCCUGGGGGUAAAGUUCUUAUUAGUUAUUAUUGCAAGAGUGCUGGUAGUCCAUCACCGGAAUUUGCGGAGUAUAUUAAGCAGAGAGGAUAUGAUCUUCAUGAUGUAGAAGCAUAUGGGCAGAUGCUUAGGGAUGCUGGUUUUGAUGAUGUCAUUGCAGAGGACAGAACUGAUCAGUUCAAUCAAGUGCUGCAACGGGAAUUAAAUGCUGUUGAGAAGGGGAGGGAUGAAUUCAUCCAAGACUUUUCUGAAGAAGACUAUAACGACAUAGUUGGUGGAUGGAAGGCAAAGUUGAUCAGGAGUUCAUCCGGUGAGCAGCGUUGGGGCCUGUUUAUUGCAAAGAAAAAUUGACUCAUCACAUGCUCUACUUCUUAAAUAAAUGUUCUGAGCGAUGAAACGUAUCUUUGAUCAUUGUAUGACUCAAGUCCAUGGCUGAAGUCUGAACUUAAAACUAUUCUAGCAUUUUCAUGUCUUAAUAAAACUAUCCAUUCAUUGAGACAUAAGUAUAAUCCAAUUGAGAAUGCACCAG